GAAAGGACCCGGAUGCCGGGAUCAUGGAGUUCCCUUUCGAUGUGGAUGCGAUAUUCGGGGAGCGGAUCACGACUGUGGAUCAGCACUUGCGACCACCCGGGCGACGGGGGCCCGGAUUCGCCACGACUCACAGAGUCGAUCUGCAGCAGCAGCUCAUGACGAUCAUCGAUGAGAUGGGCAAGGCCUCUGCCAAGGCCCAGAAUCUGCCAACACCAAUUACCAGUGCCUCGCGGAUGCAAACCAACCGCCACGUUCUCUAUAUCCUGAAGGACAAUGAAGUAAAAACAACCGGGAAGGGGGUUGUGAUUGGCUUCCUCAAGGUCGGAUACAAAAAGCUCUUUGUACUGGACCGCCGCGGCGCUCACAACGAAGUGGAACCUCUGUGCGUCCUGGACUUCUACAUUCAUGAAUCCCUCCAAAGGAACGGCUUCGGCAAGGAGCUCUUCCACUACAUGUUGCAGCGGGAGCGAGUGGACCCCCACCAGUUGGCCGUGGACCGCCCCUCGGAGAAACUCCUGUGCUUCCUCCGGAAACACUACAACCUCUGUGAGACCAUCCCCCAAGUGAACAACUUUGUGAUUUUCCAGGGCUUUUUCAGCCACCGGCAUGCAUCUCCUGUUUCUAAAGACACCCUUCCCACCCCCUCGGGGAUCUUGUUCCACAAAGUGGGUGCCACGAAAGAAGGUGGACAGGCUGUGGUUGGUGCCAGGGUGAGGAUUUCAGCUGGUUCAUGGGGUCCUAUAAGAAAGAGAUAG